CGCUCAUUAUCACGUGUCACGUGAAAUUAAACACUGGCAUCUGAACAGCUAUAUCAGUUAGAUGACGGCGAGGUGCCGUGUGUUGACAGGUCAUGGGGGCCUGUCUCGGCCACUGCUUUGCGAAAGUCACAGAUUCCCUGCCGUACAGAUUCCAUCAAAGACAUACCAGAAUGUCUUUCCAAGGAGAAGAACAAGUUGAGUUCAUGGACACCGAAAGGGAUGAAAGUCAAACUAAAGGAUCGAAAAGUUUAUUGUCAUUCCUCUCUUUAAAAAAACUUAAGAAAAAGCACGGUAUUCCAGUAACUUUGGAACUGCUGGAAGAUGGAGGAUGGCCACGGGGUAAUAACAAAUAUGCCAGAUUGAGUUCUAGAAAUGAUGUUUCUACAAGUUCGGGCCUGGAUACAUCGCUUCAAGUUCUCGACGCAAGAACUUUAAUAAGACAACAAACGUGUGUUUCCUCCACUCCGGGAUCGUCGUUGGACCUUGAGUGGGAACACGAAGGAAUGCCUUUACCGAUCGUGGAGGAUGAAAAGGGUGACACUGAGGGCUCUUCGUCGCAAACGUCAGUUAACAAUAGUCAACCCUCCAGUCUGACAGCGUCUCCUUGGUCUCGUGUUUCGAGCCCGAACAGCUUGGAAUGGGAUCCGGUCGAACCAGACAUGGUAUGUGUUGAUAUGGAUACCGAGCAGCUUCUAACUGAGAUAGAACGAUUGACAGACAGAGCGCUGAAAGAGACGGGCGAAUGGAGUAGCGCUAACACUAGCUGAUAAACGAUCCAAAUUGUGAUUAAUCGAAUUGUUUGUAUUUUUGUAUCGUAAAGAUUCUCGUGGGGCACGGAGUGCUCUGUACUUUUGACAAGCAAAGGAAUAACCGUGUUGUUUCGAUAUCACACGAAUUCUUGAAACAAUAUAACGACACGUUUAUAUCGUUUCAAAAACGUAUGUUGUACAACUUAGAAUGUUGAGCACAGAGAUUGGACAAAUACCUAUGUUGCAAUGUACCUUGUAAUAAUCUUUAAUAAGAAACGAAUUCCUAUGCCAAACGCUUUAUCGAAUUUGCAAGAUAAAUAUUUUGACGAUACUUGCAUAUGUACGAGAAAUUUAUCAUAUAUAAAUAAAAAAUGUAUUUCCUGUUUCUAAAUUUAAGGUAAUUUUAAAUUAAAAUAUUCGGCUCGCUUAAAUGGGAUUGCAUUUAUCGUGGACUUCAGUGGUUUUUAAAUUUUGCUUAUCUACAGCUUCCGUUUGACAAUAAUUUAUUUCGUAAAAAAUAAAGAUGUAAAAAAUACAUGACGUCGUGUCGUAUGAUUGGUAAGUUUUUGGUACGUUGAGAGCAUAUUCUGUCUUAUAAUGUUAUUAUUUUCAAGUAAUUUCCAAGCUAUUCUAGAGAGAUAUUAGAUGAAUUUAAAAGAUCAUAAACAGAGUUUGAAGUUUACAUAAAACGACAGAUCAAAUAAUUAAGAAAAUACGAAAAAUAGCAAAUGUACAAAACUGUUUUGAAUAGCAGAGAAUUGUUUUAUUGUAGUGGAGUGCACACGAAAAUAUCUGAAGCAAUUACGAUAUAAACGAUACGUGUAGGAUGCCUUAAUGUAGAUAAUAAAAAGAUUACGAAAUUUUCUAUAGCUGCGGAUAUGUUACCUACAUUUUAUAUAAUGCAUUUUAAUAGAUUUCCGUUAUAUAUUGCUGUACACGACCUAAAUGUGACAUACACACAUAUACACACAAGUUAAAAAAAUGCGUUCAUGUUUUCUUUCUUUUUUUUUUAUAUUCGUAUGUUUAGAAGUAAGCAUUGUCGGAGAGAUGUGUCAUAUCAAUUUAAAAGGAGAUUGUAGGUCGAUGAAUGUAAACGCGAAUGUGUGGAAUUGAAGAUCAUCAUUACAUUUGGACUGUAAUAAGUGUUAAGAGGUAAUAUGUUUAUAUGCUUUAAUAAAUAGUUACUUUAUUAUAUA